AAGCACCGUUCUUUGUUUACAAACACGCGUUUGCAAAGUUUGCUGUGUCUGGCGAUUUGGUGCAAGCAUUUUCCAGCCGAAACCUGCUCAAAUUUUAAUAUUUUUUAAAUAAAACAGUGCCGAACGCGACUAAUCAUGCAGAACGCGGUGAUUAAGGACAUCUUCGACGGGUUCAACGACUAUCUGAACAAGGAGCAGGAACUUCGCGAGCAAAUCCGCGAAGUAGUGCGCGAAAUCGACCAGGCCGCCAAGGAGGCAACCAUCGCGCUCCAGGUCAUCCACAGCAGCCUGACGGACGUGCCGGCCGCGUGCCAAUCGGCCCGGCAGCAGUUCGAGGUGUGCCGCAAGGGCUACCAACGCCUCGCGGAACUGAUUCCGGAGGGCCAGUACUACCGGUACAACGACCACUGGCACUUUUUGACCCAGCGCGUCGUGUUUCUGGUCGCGCUGACCGUCUACCUGGAGAAGGGAUUCCUGGUGAGCCGCGAUACGACCGCCGAGGUGCUGGGAAUGAAAACGAAACAAUCGGACGGGUUCCACCUGGACAUCGAGGACUACCUCAUGGGAGUGCUCCAGAUGGCGUCCGAACUGAGCCGUUACGCGAUCAAUUCGGUCACCCUGGGGGAUUACGAGCGCCCGCUUGCAAUCUCCAAGUUUGUGGCCGACCUCAACUCGGGCUACCGUCUGUUGAACCUGAAAAACGAUGGCCUCCGCAAGCGGUUCGAUGCGCUCAAGUAUGACGUGAAGAAGAUCGAGGAGAUUGUGUACGACAUCAGCAUUCGUGGGCUGCGAGCGGAUGCCGGGGCAGGACAGGCACCGGCCGCGGCUGCGGCUUCCGAGCAGUGAGAAGUUACUUUUUUUUUUGUUUCGAGAAAAAGAGGUAUGUUGGCUGUUGUACAUAUUCUGAACUUUGAAGUGCAACUCGCGAAA